UAUUUUUCUAAAGAGGGAAAAUUUCUCAUUUCAGUGAAUAAACGGAGUAGGGUUUAUCUCCUUCAUUGCAAAUUUGCAGACCAUAGGAAAAUGAUAAACCUCCGGCAAAUGAUUUCCGCUUAGGGUUUUUCAGAUUCUCAUCCAAAACCCGUCUUCGAUCUUUGUUUCGCUCACUGAUCCACAAUGUCCAAAAACGAGGAUGUUCGAUUUACAUCUUCUUCUCUCAAAAUUCCUCUCUCACCCCCUUCCUUCUUUUCCCAAACCCUAGGCUCCCAUCUCACAGAAGCCACAAAGUCAGUGAUUCAUCUCGUUAACUCGUUCAGAAAUUUUCGGAAACCCCUCAAUUUUCUCGCCAGACCAUCCCCGCUUCUCUGCUCGGCGUCGCUGUCAUUGUCUCAGCCCGCCGAGUCGACUCAGUUGGAGGUCGCGGCAACUCAGCCGAAGGGCCAGACCGUUGCUCGCCACCCGAGGGAAGAUGAAGAGAGGGUGUUGAUUAGUGAGGUUCUGGUUCGGAACAAGGACGGCGAGGAGCUGGAGAGGAAGGACCUCGAAGCGGAGGCCGUGGCGGCGCUGAAGGCGUGUCGCCCUAACUCGGCGCUCACGGUGCGUGAGGUUCAGGAGGACGUGCAUAGAAUUAUUGAUAGCGGCCUUUUUUGGUCGUGUAUGCCAGUCGCGGUCGAUACUCGCGAUGGGAUUCGAUUGGUUUUUCAGGUAGAACCAAACCAGGAGUUUCAAGGGUUGGUAUGUGAAGGAGCUAAUGUUCUUCCAUCGAAGUUUCUAGAGGAUGCUUUCCGUGAUGGAUAUGGAAAAGUGGUUAAUAUUAGGCGAUUGGAUGACGUGAUAACUUCCAUUAAUGAUUGGUACAAUGAAAGGGGCCUUUUUGGCAUGGUUUCAGGUGUUGAAAUUCUUUCUGGGGGUAUUAUUAGAUUAAAAGUUUCAGAAGCUGAAGUCAAUGAUAUUUCCGUGCGUUUCCUUGAUAGGAAGACUGGUGAGCCAACCAUAGGGAAGACAAAGCCUGAAACAAUACUUCGACAACUUACAACUAAAAAGGGACAGGUAUUCACAUGGACCUUAGUCUUUUUUAUGUAAACAGAUGAUAUUUCUAGUAAAUAAAU